GCCUGGCUUUCAGGUGUCUGGGGAAGUCUAGGUGCGACUAGAGGUGGGAGAGAACAGUUGGGUUAGUCUGGGGGGAGGGGUGGCAGGGUCUUCAUUCCCCUCCCCCACUUCCCCUGUGAGUCCUCCGGAGACAGAGUCCUUGGGGGAAUUAGGUGGGGCAUAAGUCUUUCGAUAAUUAAGGAUUUCCCCCGCCUCUUAAUACCCCGACCGAGGGCCCUGAACUACCAUGCUGAGGAAAAGGGAUGAUUGAAGCAGAGGCAUGGAGGCAUCUCCUAGGCACAGGAACUCGUUUUGAGGGUGGGCUUGGUGGGAUGUCAGAUUUGUCCUUUUAGGGGGUGGGGGAAGCCUAGGGGGAGUCAACUGUUGCAGAAGAGCAACUACUUUGGAAGUCCCCACCUCUUCUCUAUUAUAUUUUUGUUGCCUACUUCUAGAAUCCUGCUUUUGGGUCUGGAACUCUUUGGAGUUUUAGCCUUGAUGGGUCGGGCAUUGUAUGGGACUAUCGACAGGAUUAGCUGCUUCGCAGUAAUUAAAGUUUCCUCCUGGAAACUUUCCCGCUUCACCCACCUCAAUUCUCCAGCCUUAGAUUUCUCCUUUUUUUGGAUUUUUUUUGGGGGAGGGGGGUGUGAAUAAGAACUGAAUAAACGGACUGUUAGCUUUGGAAGAGACAUUAAACAUGGUCCAGUUCCUUCUUAGCCAUUCUCAUUUUACAGUGAAGCAACUAAGGCUCGGAGACUGACUUGCUCAUUGAGUUCGCAAAACCAGAAGUAGAAAACAGGUCUCUGGCUCCCAGCCCAAGUAUCUUUCCACUGCACCUGCCUAUAUGAUACAGUUUCAGUUGAUAUCCCUCAUGCUCCCUGAGGUCAGAAAUGAGUACCAAAUUAUUUUUCCCCCCAAGCAUAAGCAGCGCCGUUUCUAAGUAGUGUUCGGUUCAAGACAAAAGUUCCCUGUCCUGUUUUAGGACUUAGCUCUAAGGACCAAGGUGGCUUAGUGCGGAUCUCAGGAGCCCUGCAUAAAGUAGGGGGAGGGGUCAGGGAUCGAAUCUCCAGCCCAGACUGCCAGCCAGUCGCGCAUUCGGCUGAGACGCAGCGCCACGGCAAGAUCGAUCUGAAGAGCCCCCCUACCCCUGCCUCCAGCAUCCUCAGCACUCCCCAGGCUAGGAUUCGAUAUGACGGACACCUUGCCGCCCCCGGCCAGCAGACCCUUGGAGGAGGGGGAAUGCUAUUUCCGAAAGGGUUGUAACCCCCUGGCUCAGACAGGGCGAAGCAAGCUUCAGAAUCAAAGGGCUGCACUAAACCAACAGAUCAUGAAAGCUGUUCGGAUGAGAACUGGUGCUGAAAAUCUUUUAAGAGCAACCACAAACAACAAAGUUCGAGACCAGGUUCUCUUGGAACUUAGUUAUGUAAAUUCAGAUCUGCAGAUCUUAAAGGAGGAAUUAGAAGGACUUAACAUCUCAGUGGAAGUUUACCAGAACACGGAGGAGACAUUUACAAUUCCCCUGAUUCCCCUUGGCCUAAAAGAAACCAAAGAGGUUGACUUGUCAGUCCUUCUUAAGGAUUUUAUCCUGGAACAUUACAGUGAAGAUAGUUCUUUAUAUGAAGAUGAAAUUGCAGAUCUUAUGGAUCUAAGACAAGCUUGCCGCACACCUAGCCGAGAUGAAGCUGGUAUUGAACUGUUAAUGACAUACUUCAUUCAGCUUGGCUUUGUUGAAAACAGAUUCUUUCUACCCACUAGGCACAUGGGAAUUUUAUUUACAUGGUAUGAUUCAUUAACUGGUGUUCCAGUUAGUCAGCAGAAUUUGUUGCUGGAAAAAGCCAGUAUCCUAUUUAAUAUUGGUGCCGUCUAUACACAAAUUGGGACUCGAAGUAACCGGCAGACACAAACAGGGCUUGAACAUGCAGUGGAUGCUUUUCAGAGAGCUGCAGGAGUUUUAAACUACCUAAAGGAAACAUUUACUCAUACACCAAGUUAUGACAUGAGCCCUGCCAUGCUAAAUGUUCUGGUCAAAAUGAUGCUAGCACAAGCUCAAGAGAUCAUCUUUGAGAAAAUUAGUCUCCCUGGGAUCCGAAAUGAGUUUUUUACCUUGGUGAAGAUGGCCCAGGAAGCUGCCAAGGUUGGGGAGGUUUACCAGCAACUUCACUCAGCUAUGAGUCAGGAGCCAGUUAAAGAGAAUAUCCCGUAUUCUUGGGCUACGCUGGUCAAAGUGAAAUCUGACCAUUAUAGAGCUCUUGCUCACUACUUUGCUGCCACCAUUCUGAUUGAUCAUCAAUUGAAUCCUGGAGAUGAUGAAGAUCAACAGGAAAAAUGCUUGUCUCAGCUGUAUGGUCACAUGCCUGAAGGAUUUACACCUUUGGCAACAUUGAAGAACAAAAAUGAGCGGAAACAACUAGGGAAAUCCCAUUUACGUAAAGCUAUUGCUGAUCAUGAAGAAUCUGUGAGAGCGGCCAGCCUGUGCAAAAAACUGAGAAAUAUUGAGAUUCUUCAGGAAAUCUUAUCUGUUGCUCACAAGAGGUCUCAUCUCAAAUACUCUCAGCAUGAACAAGAUGAUGAUUUUCUGAAUUUAAUAGAUGCUCCAGAUAUUACCUCCAAAACAGAGCAGGAAGCUGAGAUGAUAGCACCACAGUUUUCCAAAGUUGUAGUGACAGACUUCUUCCAGAAGCUGGGCCCUUUAUCUAUAUUUUCAGCAAAUAAGAGAUGGACAGCUCCUCGAAACAUUCAUUUUACCAUUGAAGAAGGAGAUUUGGGGUUUACUCUGAGAGGAGGUUCCCCAGUACAAGUUCAUUUUCUGGAUCCAUAUUGUUCUGCUGCACUGGCUGGUGCUAAGGAGGGAGAUUAUAUUGUUUCUAUUCAAGAUACAGAUUGUAAGUGGCUGACAGUGAGUGAGGUCAUGCAAAAACUGAAAAGUUUAGGAGAGGAAGAUAUUGAGAUGAAAGUCAUCAGUCUUCUGGAUUCAACAUCUUCUAUGCAUAAUAAGUGUGCUACCUACUCUGUGGGAAUGCAGAAAACAUACUCUAUGAUCUGCUUAGCCAUCGAAGAUGAUAAAAUCGACAAAAGCAAAAAGAUCUCCAAAAAACUGUCUUUUUUGAGUUGGGGAACCAACAAAAACAGACAGAAGUCAGCUAGUACUCUCUGUCUCCCUUCAGUUGGGGUGGCAAGACCCCAGAUCAAGAAGAAACUUCCUUCUCCUUUUGGUCUUCUCAAUACAGAAAGUUCACUGUAUUAACAUUUCAGCAAAUGAAGCUAUUUCUAAAUGCUGAGUAGCUUUCAAUUUAUGUGCCAUAAUGUGAAAUUUAUUAAUAUAUUUAAAACCUAUUUUCUUAGAUUUGAAACUUGCAUGUGGCAUUUGUAUCCUACACAAAAGUGCCGAAACUGGAUUUGAAGCGUGUUAGUGUAUUGCUACAAGUUAUUUAUUACAUUUAGUACUGUAUAUAGAGUAGUGUUGAAAACAUGAAGGAUAGUCUUCACGACUAAUUUUAUUACUUGUUCAUGUAUCAGUUUUAAAUGAAUUUCACUAUGUAAUAGAUGUAGAAUUUGAAAAAAAGAAAUUCUUUAAUUUUUAAUUCAAGCCAAUGCUAUACAACAUGGCAGCUAGUAUCCAGACUACAGUAGUGGAUUUGAAUUACUGUUAUCAAAAAUAGUUCUGCAUACUCAAUGACUAGUUUUAUUUUGAUUGCUGUACAAAAUAAAUGUCAAAUCUGCAUACCUUUAUAGCAGUUACAGGUUCUAGAUACAAUCUAGUGCCAAAUUUCAUGAUUAAUACUUUUAACAACAGAGACUAUUUAGAACCAGCUUUGACUUUACAUAUUGUUUAAAAAUAAUUUUCACAUUGCUAACACACUAGUGUUAGAUAAAAGUGCCAUCUACAGGGUAGAUAUUAUACUGUUUGAUACUCAAAACAUUUUCCAUUUUGUUUAAAGUAGGAAAGUGCAUAAAUGCACCUUGAAUAAGCCUCUGGCUAAAAAAAAAAGCCUGUUAUAACUUUUCUUUGCAAUAAAUAUAUAUGACUAAAGUUUAAAGCUCUAUGACUUUUAAAAUCCAAAUGUGUUCUAAGUAAUGACAUAUUUUUGCGAUGUUCCUGAAUAAUUAAAAAAACCCUAAAAAACUUAGUAUGAAUCACUAAACAUACCAUUAAUACCUUUAACAGGAGUUUCCAAGUUUUAUUUUCAUCAUAAUCAUAAAAGUCCUAAGGGAGCACUGUGAAAAUGUAUCCAAAACAGUGCCUUUAGCAUUACAUUUGUAGACGCUUAUGUAUUUAAAUAAAUAACUAUAAAUCUA